AUGAUCAUAAUGGCCAAAUCCAACUUGAGCAGCUUCAAUCCAGGCCCGUUCAUCCUACUAGGAAUCCCAGGAUUGGAGCCGUUCCGCAUCUGGAUCGGGAUUCUCUUCUUUAUUGUUUACCUUGUGUCUCUUGUAGGAAAUAGUGUUCUUCUUUAUCUUAUUUCCAAGGAACACAACCUCCAUGAGCCCAUGUUCUUUUUCCUAUCCAUGCUGGCUGCUACAGAUCUCAUUCUAUCUAAUACAUGUAUACCCCAAAUAGUCAGAAUCUUCUGGAUGGGUCCUCAGGAAAUCACCUUUUCUGGAUGUCUUACCCAGAUGUUUUUCCUCCACUACAGCUUUGCCAUGGAUUCUGCUAUCCUGCUGGCCAUGGCAUUUGAUCGCUAUGUUGCUAUUUGUUUCCCCCUAAGAUACACCAUUAUUCUUACUCGUAAGACUAUUACUAAGAUUGUAAUGGGUAUUACCAGCAGGAGCUUUUGCAUCAUCUUCCCAUGUGUGUUCUUACUGAAGCGACUGCCUUUCUGCCGAACACUCAUCAUUCCUCACACCUACUGCGAGCACAUAGGCAUUGCCCGGCUUGCCUGUGCGGACAUUUCCAUCAACAUCUGGUAUGGUUUUGCUGUGCCUAUAAUGACCAUCAUGUCAGACCUGAUUCUCAUUGGCAUCUCCUACAUGCUCAUCCUUCGGGCCAUCUUUAAUCUCACAUCCUGGAAUGCCCGCCAGAAAGCCCUCAGCACUUGUGGUUCUCAUGUCUGUGUCAUGCUUAUGUUCUACACACCAGCCAUAUUCUCUGUCCUUGCCCACCGUUUUGGUCACAAUAUACCUCACUCCUUCCACAUUUUGUUUGCCAACAUCUACAUAGCCAUCCCACCUGUACUCAAUCCAAUCAUCUAUGGAGUCAAGACCAAGCAGAUUCAGGACAAAAUUAUCCUCCUUUUCUUCCCUCAAAGAAUCCAUUGA